AUGAAAUCAAAGUUCUUCUAUUUGUGUGUUUGCUACUGUUUACUCUGUUUUGCAUGUAAAACAGUUUUUUGUCGUAAAGCUAGAAUAUUCUGUUUAAUCCAUACAGCCACACCAAGCCAUGAUACAAGGGCUAAAACGGUUUAUGAAACAUGGGCUCAGCAGUGUGAUGAUUUCGUCUUCUUCACCAACUCUCCAAUGGAUUCCAACAUCCCACAUGUAGUGUAUCCUAAUCUAUUCACAAGAGAUCAUUCUUGGGAAAAAAUUCGAAGAAUAUUCAACUAUGUCGCUGAAACAAAAAUCGAUCAGAAUGAUUGGUUCAUCAGAGCUGAUGACGAUGCCUAUGUGCUGGUUGAAAACGCCAGAGCAUUCCUCAGCAACUAUUCCAGUUCGGAUAAUCACUUUUUCGGAUUAAAGUGGUCCUUUUUCGUUUCUCAUGGCUUUGCCGAUGGAAGUUGUUACAUCUUAUCAAGGGCUGCCCUGGGCGAGUUCAACAAAGUAAUGAAGGAUCCUGCUAAAUGUCCCGACCAUCACAGAGCAGAAGAAGAUCAAGAGAUAGCCAGAUGUCUUGCUCAUGCUGGAAUAUAUCCUGAAGAUAGUAGGGACGAAGUUGGAGCUGACAGGUUCCAACAUUUCCACCCGCUGGAGCAACUGGUGAUGUAUCAGGAUUCAUUUGCUCAGAAGUAUUCUUACUAUCCUAUACGAGAGGGUGAGGAUAACUUCAGUAGUCAAAUGAUCAGCUUCCAUCAUGUAUCCCCCUAUGAAAUGCGUUUCAUACACUUCUUAAUGAACGAUCUGAAUCUCAGCCCCGUAUAG